UUGAUACAAUAGCAAUAAUCACAUAGUAUUUAAAUAGAUCAGAGGUGAUUUGAUUUGAAAAUUAGAAAAAAAAUGUUCUCUGAGAGUUUGAUGUUUUCCGAUGCCAUCAGCAAGCGAGAUAGUAAAUUACAUAAUAAUUAAAGAAAAUGUAUCAAUCACAAUCUCCUUCAGAGUCUCCCUGGCAAGAUGACAAAGCCUACAGAGAAUAUCAUAUGAAACGAUCUAAGGAAACAGGUCCUCGAAUUGUCAAGUUGAGACCACCAUCUACUUUGAAUUUAAAAUCCAAUAGGAGAGAUGUUGUUUUAUUGAGUAGUAUUAGAUUUAAAACAAUGACAGUGCUUGGAGUGUUAUUUCUGUUAUUGAUGGCUAUUUGUUUGGCUGUGUUGGUGACUGCCUUUUUACUUUCGUUUAAUUCGGUUGAGCAGACUUAUUCUGUAGAAGCUGCAAAGAGAACUACAAGGGCCUAUUUUGAUGAUUUUCAGUCAUUGACAUCAAAGCUUAGCGAAUAUGGAGCAUUUAAUGAUACUGUUGAUGCUGUUAUGGCUACAAACUCAUCAUUUACUGAGAAAUAUAUGGAUACUUAUUUGAAUUGUAAUUAUCAACUGGCUUCCAAAUUGAAUUUUGCAAUAUUAUAUAAGAAGGAUGGAACUUUGCUCGCUUUUAGAGCAUGUUUUAGGGGAAUAAGUUUGGAUAAUCUACCAGAAGAGUUCAAUGAUUUGUCGAGAAAUGAACUAGGAGCUCGUUUAUUGAGGAAUGUUGAUGUACCUUCAACAAGACAUGUCGGCUUCUUCUCUCCAUUUAAAGAUUUACCAAAUUUAGUGAACUCAUAUGAAAAGAAGCAAGCUAUAAUGGCCAACAUGACAGAAACAGAGCUGCUUUCAUAUAUUAUUCUUAUGAGUGGCAUGCCAAUACAGGAUAAUUAUGAUUACAAUACAAAAACAUAUGGCCUGAUUGUGUUUGCUAGAUUUGAUCUUGCAGAGUACAAGCAAGAUAUGGCAAAUAGAGUUCAACUCUGUAUUACCCUCUUUAAUAUGGAAUAUUGGAGACAUAGGUAUUUGUUAGCAAUUGCUCUUAGUGGAGAAAGUGCUCCAGAGAGCAGCUCAUACAUUUUCAAACAAAAUCACGAAUGGAUCAAUACUUAUUUAACUGAAAGAGUUGGGGAUUGGAAAACAACACUAAUCAAUGGUUCAAGUUCAGUAACAAAAUGGAAAGACAAUAUGGCUCAGCUCAAUCAACCACUUUUUGUUGAUCAACAAAAUAAUCUUUAUCCUAUAACCGAGAAUAGAUAUUGUGCAGAUAUUGAAGAUGAUGGAAAUGCUUAUGGAUCUAGAAUGGCAACAUUUCAGAAAUAUUAUGACAUUUCACGAAAUGACAGUAUUAUCAUUAGAACAGACUUUGCAAGAAGAGUAUUUGUUUUGGGAACCAAUUCUUUCAUCAUUACUUGGGCAGUAAUGACAGCAAUGAUUUUACUGCUCUCAUUUGCAAUAAUGGUCUUUUUGGAGGUUGUUGUUAUUAAGAGAGUGAUGAAUUUUGCCAAAUCAGUUAGAGAAAUCACCAUUAGCAAUAAUUUCAAAAAGAGAGUCAAGUGUAUGGGUAAGGAUGAGCUGGGAUUAUUGACUGAUGAUGUUAAUAACAUGUUGGAAACAUUGGACGAAUCCCAAACAGUCAUUGUAUCUGAGAAUGAAAGAAUUCAAGAGUUACUAGAGAAAACAUCCCUUUCUGAACAGCAUGCAAGAGUAAUCAUGAAUGCCAUCUCUGAUUUCAUCUUUACUGUGGAUUGUAAAAAUGGAGAAAUUGCCACCUUCAAUACUAUAUUUGAAACGAAAAUUCUCAAGAAGAAUACCUUGGCAAUUUCAAAUUAUUUACUUGUUAGUGAUCUUGCUGCUGAGACGGAUCAAUUUCUUGGCUUAUUUGAAUCUCUUUCGUAUAAUACCAAUUCGAGAAAGGAUGCAUUAUUGUCUACAGCCCUUGGUAACAAACUUCCUGUUUCAUUAUCAUCUACCAGAGUAACCAUCAUUCAGAAUGAAGAAAUGAUUGAAGUCUAUGUAAUUGUUGCAAGAAAUAUGAAAGAGCAACAUGAAUUAAUGGCCAGUAUCAAACAGCAACAGGAAACCAUUCAAUCUUUCGAAUUUGAAAAGAUAAUGUCAAAAAAGAGUUCAAAGGAAUUAUUUAGACUUUUCAUUAAGCAAUUCUGUGAAAGUGAAUUUUCUGCUGAGAAUUUCAACUUUUUGGAAGAUGUGCUCAAGUAUAAGAAUAUCAAGAGAACCUCGGAAAGAUCUAAAAAGCAAAAUGAAAUUAUUGCCCAAUAUUUGAAGGAAGACUCACCUACCCCUUUGAAUAUUUCAAAGCAGGAACGAGAAGUCAUAGUUAAAAGAAUUAUCGAAGGUUUUGGCCAAGUUGACUUGCUGGAUGAUCUUCAAAAGGUUGUAACCAAUAUGAUCUUGAAGGACACAUUUGUUAGAUUCAUGCUCCAAUAUGAAGAACCUACUGAAGAUUCUGAUAAUUUCCCAGUCACACCAGUGGAUAUUUCCAUCAGCAUAUCUUCCUCUUCUUCUUCCAAUACUAUGACUUCGAGUAUUCAAAGUUAUAGUCUAACGACCGCGUCAACAAGUAGUGAUUCAAGUUUAUCAGAUUCGCCAACACUUUCGAAUGAAUUAUUCGUUUGUGGCCUUUACACUUCUGGCCAAACAGGGCUCGUUAGAACACCCAAAGUUUCGGUUCAUCAAGCACAAUAUUAUCCUCAGUUUUAUUCGUUUGCAGAACCUUGUAAAUUACCUCCAAUAUUUGAUCAAUCCAAUGUUUCUAAUAAUCAUCACCAACACUCAACUCUAUUCUCCAGAGAAGAAACACAACUAGAAACACAAGAACAAUCCAAUGAAAAUUCACUCAUCACCUGCAGAGAAACUCUCAAUUCUCUUUCCAAUCAUCUUCAUACUGACGAAGAAUUAUCAAAUAAGAACAACUCAUCCAAUCAAUCAUUACCUCAAUUGGCUGAUGAGAAAUUAAAUGUAAAAAGUAUUGUCUGUGGUUGGUAUCACACUGUUCUUCUCACUUAUAAUGGUCAAGUGUGGAGUUGUGGAGCAAAUUACAGUCAUCAAGCAGGUCAAUCACAAAAUUCAAACGUUACUCAAUUUACUAGAGUCAACUUGAUUCAAGAACCUGUGCAAAUGAUUAGUUGUGGUGGACAUCAUAGCAUUGCCUUAACUAUAAAAGGAAACUUAUAUGUUUGGGGUGAAUGUAGAGAAGGUCAAUUGGGAACAGAACAAGCAACACCUCCCAUUUCAAGUACAUUACCAAUCUUGUUGAAUCCUCAAACAUAUUUCAGGAAUUUCGAAAUGGACAGAAGGGAAUUAAUUGCAGAACUUUCAAAAAAUCAAUUGGCCAUGGACGAGUUUGAAGAGACAAUAUCAGCACCAAGUAUUGCAAAACUGUGCUGUGGUGGAUAUCAUUCAAUAUUUGUAAUGAGUGAUGGAACUGUUGCCUCGUGUGGAAAGAAUACGUAUGGUCAAUGUGGAACAGUUACUAAAAGUCAUGCAAGUUUGAAUACACAGGAUCAUGAAUUUAAAAUCUAUCAACCUUCUCUAUUGAAGGAAUUUGAAGUUCCUGUCAAUACUCCUCCAAGAAUUUUAAGGGAAUUCACAAGGAAUGGUGAAAAACCCAUUCAAGUUGGUUCCAAGUACAGAAUUCCAUUCACAUGUAUGGAAAUUGUUGAUUGUGCAGCAGGAGCAUGGCAUUCCAUAUUAAUCACCUCCGAGGGAAAAACAUUUGGUAUGGGAGACACUCAAUAUGGACAGCUCUCCAUUCAAGAAAUUGAAAAUGAUCCUACUUUGUUUUCACAAGAAACAGAUUCUUCCAAUAGACAUUUGAUUCCUCAUUUGAUAACUUCCUUGCAAGAUGAAAAGAUUUGUGCAGUUGCUUGUGGAUAUUUCCAUUCUGUCUUUUUGACCUAUGAUGGAAGAGUGUAUACAAAUGGAUGGAAUGCAUAUGGUCAGCUUUUAAAUGGAAAUACCAAGACUCAACGAUUUGUCUAUCCACUCAAAUUACUCUAUGGAAUUCCAAUAUGUAAGGUUGCUUGUGGAUGGAAUCAUUGUGUUCUCCUUUCAAGAAGUGGUGAAUGUUAUGUUGGUGGAGAAGGAAAGCAUGGCCAACUAGGAUACAUCCAAUCUCAAAAAACAGAUGAAGUUCAAGAGAGAAUGUAUCAUCAUACUAGAGAAGAUGAAAAUCAACAAAAUUGCUUUGUGUGUAGACCUGUACGUGUUGACUUUUUCAGAAAUAUUCCAAUCAAGGAUGUAGCUUGUGGCAGAGGUCACACCAUCUUUCUCACAGGUACUCCAACCUAUUGUCACAAUAUGAAUUUCCUCAGAAAGAAAUUGUUUAUCCACUUGACAACUUGUAAUGACUUUUCCGAUAUUAAUAUCAUUUCCAAAUAG